AUGAUAUGGACAGUAAGGGCAUGGCAACUACUGCUGGAGAGGCCGCUACAAGGAGAGUACAAGAUCUUAAUGGAGGCAGAGAUGAGGACUGACAGAAACAGCUUCCAUGGAGCCUACCACAUCACUCCAGCCACUUUUCAGAAGCUGGUACAACUAGAUGGUCCUCACUGCACAUGCUCCAAUGCUGUGUGUUUACCACAGGAUCACCAGUGCUGCCAGUGCAUGUGUUACAGCAGGGGUGCCAGGCAGAGUCCAGGCUGCACGCCCUGCUCGCCGCCAACCAAUCUUGUUGUGUCCAUGGCGUGUGCUGGUGGGAGUGGUGUUGUGGUGGAGGCCGUGAGGCCGGGCAGCAGCAUGAGUGGCCAGCAGCAGCAGCAGCAGCAGCAGCCAGCCUCAGGUGUGGGGAGGCGCAGGCAUGGUGGCAAGAAUCACCUGGAGGCAGGCAGCUCUGUCCACAGAGGAGAGAGCAAGUUUGAGUGCCAGCAGUGUGACAAAACUUUUGUAUCCAGACGUGGCCUUAAGUACCACACCCUGACACACAGUGGUGUUAGAAAUUAUGAGUGUGUGGUGUUAGAAAUUAUGAGUGUGAUGAGUGUGGCAAAAGAUUUCCUACCAUUUCUCGUCUCAAUAAACACCUUCAGACACACUGGCUUGAGGGAGUUCAAGUGUGAUGUUUGUGGCAAGUGUUUCAAGACAAAGGCUGAUAUUGCCAAGCACAUGAGGAUCCACUUCUGA